AUGCGAAUAUCCCCUCUCUAUUUCUAUGAUGGCAUCAAGGUCGGCGGGGAAGGUUACAUCAUUUCCGGAGCGGGGCACGGUGUCGAUUUUAUUGACCCGGUCGAUGGCAUCACGCCGGGGUCAAUCAGGCUUGGUGGUGGCGAGAACGUUGCUGUCAACGUUGCUCUGGGAGAGAACGAGCUGUUCGUUGUGGGCAAGGGUGGUUCCGCGGCGGGGGCCGCGGACAAAUACAAGGUCGGGCCCAACUACGCCCCGAGCAUCGUGCCUGGUUUAAGGCCCAAGCGCCACGGUCUAGACCAGUACCUCUGGCUCAUCGGCGACGAUAGCCCCACCACUGAGGCAACAGGCAUGGACAUGUUCGCCGUGGUCGAGGAGAGGGGCGCAGGCACCGACACCCGGGACCCCCGAGCGGCAGCCAGUCGUCCUUGA